AUGGAGACUGAUUGGCAACAGAAGGAGAUAAUUGAGUGGGUUGGACUGGUUCUUGGGGAGAGCAUGGAGGGAGCUGGGUUCCACGAGCUUUUCAAGGAUGGAGUAAGAUUCUGCAAGCUCCUGUGUAAGGUAACAUCAUUGAACAUCAGAUACAAGCAAUCGAACCAGAUAUUUGUACAAAGAGAAAACAUAUGCUCGUUCAUCAAUGGACUGAAAGCACUGAACAUGAACGAAUACGAGUUGUUCCAGACGAAUGACUUAUUUGAGCGGAAGGAUUUGAGGCAGGUUGUUAUCUGCAUUUAUGCAUUGAGCAGGCAGCUACAGAAAGAAAAGAUGUUUGAAGGCCCGUUUAUUGGGCCACAUCUUGCCACCAAAUCAAAGAUUGAGUUUAGCCAGGAAGUGCUUGACAGAAGCAAAUUUGCAAUCCAUCUGCAAAUGGGAUAUUCAGAUCCCGAAGUGUUUGGGGAGUCUAAGACUGUGCCUAGAUCUGUUGAUGACCUGAAAACAAAUGGCUAUUGA